AUGGCUCCGCCAGAAAGGAUACUGCCCAUGCUGGCAGCCAAAGGCCAAGGCGAGAGUGGCCAAGUCAAGCUGACCAUCAACCAGACUUGUGGAGGCGCGCGACCGAAAUGCCAUCAUUGUGAAAAGGCAUUGCUUGACUGCAUCUACGACGUGCCAGCUGGCCUUAACCGCCGCCAAGCGGAUAGGGAGCAGAUCGCCAGCCUCCAAGCCACGGUCGACCAUCUUCGCCGACGUGUCUCGACCCAAGGUACUCCAACCUCUGACCAGUCGGGCAGCGUAGACACUGCUCUUGAGCCAUCGCAAGUUGGCAAUAUCUGCAGAGAUGUACAGUCAUCGGCCGACUUGGUGGAAUUGCUCAGAGAUCAGCCCGAGGGCUUCGCCUUGCAGGCCUUGGAGUCUAUAAGACAGGGCAGCUCCCCGAAGGCGAUUAUGGAUUCGAUCAGCGGCAAUUUGUCCGGGAGUGUCAGCCCGUCGAUACAUGCAGCGGCGAGGGGCACGUCCACCCCAACACAGACACUGGAGUUCCAACUCGUUGUUCAGUAUCCAAAGGUCUAUCUGCCACUCGCCCCUCUUAACGCAGCGUCAUUGGACUUGCAACUCCUCGACAUUCAGCCACUCGAUGCUGACAAGAUAGUCCAGCCGCAGGAUGGGAUUAGCAGAGGCUCUUUCAGUGCCGACAACGGUAUUCCCAUCGACCCUCGCCUUCACCAUGUCGACAUUUCGCAUUGGACAACAGUCACCAUAAGCAAUCAAUUCGCUGUGGAAGUCAUCUCCUUAUAUCUGAACAUGAACCAGCCCUGGUGGGCCUUCUUCGACAACGAUAUGUUCCUAGAUGAUCUAGUCAAUGUAGAGACCAACUUCUGUUUCCGAAUGCUGGUCAACGCUCUUCUUGCCUGGGCUACUCAAAGCUAUGCGCACUAUGAACCGAUGGCCGCUACACUACCUACCAAGUUCUUGGAUGAAGCCUUGCGGAUCUACGAUGCAGAGAAAGGCGUUGACAGUCUGACAACUGUGGCGGCGACGUCUUUGAUGAGUAUGACGUGGACUACUCUAGGGAAAGACAAAGCUGGACGUCGCUUGCAAGAGGAUAGUGCCAGGAUGGCGCAACGUAUGGGAUUGUAUGGAGAGUCAGGCGCCUUUUCAUAUGAUCAGUUGGACCUGAGCGAUGGGCGUAUUGAAGCAGCUGUAUGCGCAACUGCUUGGGGAUCUUUCAACUUCCAAAUGUACAGUACACACGAGUUCCCCCAGCCCAAACUCCCAGCCUUCGCAGGAGUAAACGCCACGCCGAAGGCCGUAAUAUCAGCGUCGAUUGAGCAACUAAAGCGCCUUGUCUACCAAUACCGCGCACAUUGCGAGUCAUCCAAGUACUCAAUCAUCUGGCAAAGCGGUAUGCUCUAUCUCGUCAACUACAUAUUGCGAGAUUUAUCCAGUAAUGAGUCGCAGUUCUACUUCCUACUCUGCAUGCGCGGCCAUCAACAUCUGGCCCGCUACAUGCCUUUUGUUAGUGGCAUAGUGCAAAGCCUGAUAGUCAUGACCAGCAGGCAGGGGGUUUCUUUGACAGCGAAUACUCAGAGACUGCUGGAAGAGGUUCGGGAUGAGAGUCGUAGGAGUCGAGAGUUCUUUAGUGCCUACCCGGUUGACCUUGAGAUGAUGACCUUGGACCCUUCUUCCGCAACCCUGGAGAAAUUGACUAGCCGCUUUCAGGAGCAACCAUCGGCGGUGAGCCAGCGCGAGGUGUCUGAUAGCGGAAGUUUGCCAGAUGGCUGGAAGGGUUCCGUCCAGGAUCUGACAACCACGCUGUCUAUGUUAAAAGAUGAUUGA